AUGGCUGACCUCCACCAGAAUCAUGCGCAUCCAAGCACAUUCGGCGGGCCGAUCAAGCUAGCGACCGGGACAGUGUCCACUGUCGAGGAAGCAACAGGAUUGAUUGACUUUCACGAUGUCCCUAGCGGGGCAAGGUGCAGAGAUCGUCGAGAUCGGCAUCCCUUGAAGAGCUGUCCAGACUCUAGCAUGGCCGCUGCUUGGAUCAGCUCGGACACCCCAGGCUAG